UGUCUCACCUGAAUAAAUGGAAUGUCCCACUAACAAUGUGUCGUAAAUAGUAUACAUAUUUUUAACUUGACUGUAAACAUGAAGCGAGUGAAAUGGCUACUCUUGUUUUCUCUUAUCUUAAAUGUGAUCGGACUAGUGUUCUUCGUUAUCGGAUUCUCCACACACUUUUGGUUGGAAUCGGAUAAAAAUUACCGGACAUCGUCGGGAUUUGAAAGCCUUGGUCUUUGGGAGGCCUGCUUCAAAGACUUCUCCCACAAGACAAGUUACAACGGAAAACAGUACAAUGGCUGCUGGUGGAUGUUCUCAUACGAGUAUGAACCCAUCAGAGAAUGGCUCAAUCCACCGUGGCUGGUGGCCAUCCAGGUGAUGAUGACCGUCUCUCUGCUGCUACAGCUGGUGGGGUCAAUCAUCGGGGUGCUGGUGUUCCUGGGGGUGUGUCCGGGGGUGGCCAACUUCCUGGCGCUCCUCUCCAUCUCCGUAAUGAUCCUCGUGGGAGGUAUUAUUUCGGCAGUUUGUUUGAUUUUGUUUGGUGUCAAAUCUGAUCAACCGGAAGUGGAAGCUAAGUGGAUCUACUUUCCUGACAAAAACUUUUUAUCCUGGUCCUACGCCUUGGUGGCGGUUUCCGGAUUUCUGUCCCUGUUUGGUUCUAUGUGUGGUUUUGUGGCGGCCAUGACGGCACGCCUCGAAGACAAGUAUGGGGAGCGUCCGAAUUAUGACGGGCACAUGCUCCGGUCUCAACCCACAGUCUACUAAGACUACACAAUCGAACGCACCCCGUUACCGGUCGAAAAGGGACACUUAUCAGACAUCCAUUUUAGCUCUCCAAAUGCGCUAGAUAUUUUUAUGUCAUAUUGCAAAUGAUAGAUUUUAUAUUGUCCCAUGUCAAUUUAAUAUUUGAAAUAUAACGAAAAAUUGUCAAAAUUUGUUACACAUUUUUAUAUUGUCAAUUAUUUUUGCUUUUUUGGAAGAAUUAUAAUGUACAUGUUUACAGGUCAUAGUCUGGAAAUAUAAUUCUACCAUCUAGUGUUUCAGCAUCCGUAUCUAGAUGUUUAAUACAUGCUGGGCAUGUAUUAACGAGACAGUUCUGCUACAAAAAAUAUUUUACAUCUACAUAAUUAUCAAUUUCCCAUUAAACUUUGUUACAUUAUGUAUAGACGCAUAAUUAUCACCUCAACGUUGCCAUUUACAUCCCAUUGUAAUUAUUUCAGAUGAACUUUUAAAUAUUUUGUUUUUUGUACUGGUGUACCUUGUUUUAUUUCUAUAUAAAGAUUUUAAAACAGC